UAUACAUUGCCGCUUUACGACAUAUUGUCGUAAUGGAACUUUUCAUUUUCUGCUGCGUUAAAGUUAUGAGCAGUGAACAGACGUGUUCUAUUCGUAGAACACACUUGAAGAGAGUUAUCUGUUAUAAGGAUCUACACGUCACUGAGAUGGACUUGUACAAUACCAGCAAGGUAGCGUUCGACAAAUGUCGCUCUGUCUGCAUAGAGGACCUCACCUGCAGGGCUUUCAUAGCCGACAACCGCCAAGGAACGUGUGCGUGGUUUCGUAAUAAAUCCUCAAGCAGUUCCAACAGCGAUGACGUCAUAAGGCAAAUAGACUUUAUGCAGUACGAAACUCAAGAUUUCUGCGCCACGGCACCGGAACUAGAAUGCUACCGCUUAGUAAACGGAAAAGUGGCGUACACCGGAAGAAAAAUAACGACAACUUCGGGGAUCACGUGUCAGAGGUUUGACCAGCAGACGCCUCAUGGACAUAUCCAAACAAAUCCAGCUGCCUUCUCUGUGACGUCACUCUCUGAGGUGGAAAAUUUCUGUCGAGAUCCGGAUAGGACUGGAUUUCCCUGGUGCUACACAGUUGAUCGCAGUAUCAGAUUUGUAAGUUGUGGGAUUCCGCUUUGCAUAUAAGAAGUAUAUAUCCUCCGUCACUGUGUACUGGACAUAUUUAACAUAUACAUCGGGUCAAUACCCGUAACUCCUGUUGCGUGGUAAAUUACGUUUUAUAAUAUCAAAUUAAGUUCCAAAUGCCAGGAAAUGC